GCCUUACUCGUCCGGCCAUUGCGUCACGGCGGAGCGGUCGGCUGGGGACCAAUGGGAGAGGGGGGCUGCGCCGCUGGGCGGAAGCAAGGAGCGUAGCGCGGCGCUUGCGGUCCGGGGGUAAUCGCGGGCUCCCGCUGGUGGACAGAAGCUCUAGAGGCAGAGCGCGGCGGUGAUGCCCUAUCGGAGCACGCUGCUGCAUCUGCUCGCAGGAGGAUGUGGCGGCACAGCUGGAGCCAUCCUGACCUGCCCCCUGGAAGUGGUGAAGACACGUCUGCAGUCAUCCUCGUUGGCACUGCGCCCUCUCUGCCUUCCUGAGAUGCAGCUGCAGGGGCUGAAUGGGGGGUUUGUGCGUCCAGCCUCACCCUCACCUGGCGUGCUCCAGCUGAUGAGGGCCAUCCUGGAGAAGGAAGGAAUCCGCUCCCUCUUCCGAGGCCUGGGUCCCAACCUUGUUGGAGUCGCCCCGUCCAGGGCCAUCUAUUUUGCUGCCUAUGCUGGGGCUAAGGAGAGGCUCAAUGUUGUCUUCAGACCUGAGUCCAAGAAAGUUCAUGUGCUCUCGGCAGUCUGUGCAGGGGUCACCUCCGCCACACUUACCAAUCCCAUCUGGCUGGUGAAAACCAGGAUGCAGCUGGAAGCCAGGGCAAGGGGGGAGAAGCACAGUAAUGCCCUCCAGUGUGCCAUACGAGUGUACCGCACUGAAGGCCUGCGUGGAUUUUACCGUGGAAUCAGUGCCUCCUACGCUGGAGUCUCCGAGACAGUCAUCCAUUUUGUCAUCUAUGAGGCGCUGAAACAACAGCUGCGGGAGCAGCAGCCAUUCCUCCCAACAGCCUUUGCACUUGCACCUAACAGCCAUGAUUUCUUUGGACUCAUGGCAGCUGCUGCCAUCUCCAAGACAUGUGCCUCAUGUAUUGCAUACCCACACGUCCCAUCCCUUUGUUUUCCCAGAGGUUGUCCGGACACGGCUGCGGGAAGAAGGGUCCCGUUAUCGCUCCUUUCUGCAGACCCUGCGGCUGGUGGCCCAAGAAGAGGGACCCCUGGCUCUGUACCGAGGACUCCUGGCCCAGAUGAUGCGCCAGAUCCCCAACACAGCUAUCAUGAUGGCUACCUAUGAACUGAUCAUCCACUUGGCCACCAAACUGUGACCCUGCACAAAUGCACCAGCCCCUUGUUGAGGCUGCUGGCUGUGCACGGGAGAGCCAAGGUCUUGUAACCUGACAUGUUUUUCCUGUUCCACAAGGUAGUGCUGCUCACUCUGUAGCAGGAGGCCUGCGUGGUGAUGAACUUAUGUGUGGCAGUCUACUGUCUGCUGACAGGAUGCAGAGUUCUCAGGCUAGAGUGGUGGUUCUGGAUGGUGCGUGGCCUCUUGCAUCAACCUCCACAAAGUGUAACUGGUCUGAUGCUCUAAGGUGGCAGUAAACCAGCUAGAAUAUGUUCAGUGGGGGAUCCUAGUGCAAAGCCCAAGAGCAUGGAGUGCAGUGGAGAAAGAGAGAGGAGGAUAAAUAAAUUUUUAUAUAUUCCCUAGCUGGCCAUCCCCAUCACUAGAAGGUACAUGUAUAGUUAACAGCCCCAGGAGCUCUACUCUUCUUGGGCCUGGCCCAUGGGCGUAGCUGGACAUGUAGUCAGUGGAUAGGGAGAGUAAACAAAUCUGAAGAAACUGAUGCAGCAAACAGAUUUUGCUACUCCUUCAGCUACUCCCUGGGAUUCUACACAUAGUCAGGGUCUCUAUACAGAGUCCUAGCCCCUACAACUCUAUCUUCUUCCAAAGGAUUCUCCAAACCUGACUGAUAGACAUCCUAGUGCAUGGUACUUAGCAGGCAUCUUACAUCAUCUCCUUAAGGGAGCAAUCACCUGUGGAAAGAAUCAUACAGCUGAGCAAUUAACUCUGCCUUUUUCCCCUCCUUAAGAGAGGCCAGGGUAGUGGGUUAGAACUCAGCCCCAUGUAUCAAGAGAAGCAGGAUGCAUCCUGGCAGGGGGAGCUCUGGCCUGGGCAGCUUAUGUUACUAUAGGCCCCAUCUAUCCCUCUCUCAAGUGUGUUCUUUGCAGGGAAGGAGCCUGCAAGGGCCCAGCUCUGCCUUCCUCUACUGGAGGUACUGUGACAUGAGGAACAGUAGAUAUAAAAACCAAGCUGGAUUCCUGGUGUGUGAAACAUACUGUUUUGUGCCUGUGAAUGUCAUUUAGAGGGUGGAUGCAAGAGUUGAAGUUGAGGGAUUUGUUAAUACACUUAAGUGUAUGGGGAAAAAAUAAGAUUUGAUGUUUUCAAUUUAGUCUGUAUCUGAGGGACUAAUCCCCCAACCUCCUUGAACCCACUGCGGGGGGACCAGACUGUCUAAAACUAAGGCCCUGCUGUGGACAAAAUACCUAUGGUUUUCAGCUACCUAAGUGGAGGUAACAGGUUGGAAAAUCAUGCCAUUUUGCCAGUUAAGAGGGCCUAUAGGGCUAACUGCUGCCCUUCAAGCACCCACUCCAGCCUCUGCCUUUCAGAAUGAAGAAUCCCAGAGGCCUUGAGUCUGUUUUUUUUUAAAUCCUUUUAUUUUAAAAUCCACCUCGUUCCCUCCUUCCUUCACUUGUUUAGGGUUAUUGACAAUUUUACAAAGCGACACAAGCUGCAGGUUUGUGGGGGGUUUUUUUGUUUUUGUUUUUUGCAUCAAACAAGAAUAAACCUCAAAUGACAACAUUGAAAAAA